CUGAACACGAUGCCAGCUAUCAAACUUACCGCAGAACAGACCAAGGAACGCUUCGGCGUGGCGAAAGCCAUCGAGAACUUCCCGGCGAACCUGACAUCGCAGGAGGAGAAGCACGUCAGGGUCGUGCUCGAGUACAUGGAGAUCGCGUACUCACCGACGGACAACAAGGGCGCGCCCUCGGUCGCGCACCUCUGCGCGCCGGGCAACACCUUCGCGGCGCCGAGCACCUUCCCGACGGCGCACACGGCCGAGGAGUACGCCGAGGCGCACAGUCACGUCAUGAGCGCGCUCAAGGACCUGCACAUUGUCCGCUUCGACGUCGUCGUCGCCAAAGGUAUGUGGCGUUCGCGCUCUCUCCCCCUCUCCCUCGCUCCGACCUCCCACGACGAGAAGCUGACAUGUGGGCGCGCAGAAAACUUCGUGUCGCUACGGUACACCGCGACGGGCUCGCACAUUGGUGCGGAGCACAACGGCAUCCCGCCGACGCAACGCAAGGCGCAGUGGACCGCCGCGGGUAACUUCGUCAUCGACGAGAAGACGGGGUUCAUUCAGCACUGGUGGAAGGACUGGGACAAGAUGCAGAUGUGGAAGCAGCUUGGAUGGGUCAAGCCAGAUAACGACGCGACCGAGUUUGCGUGAUUGCUGAUAGUGAGGCAAAACCUUAAAAUCCGGUGUACUUGUACGAACCCACCAACAAUCUAAUAAUUUCCACGCAAUGCAAGAGAGCGAAAACUCUGUCAGUCUGAGCACUGCCCAGCACGGAAGCCAAAUCUCAGAGUUCAGUGCUUGAACUUG